UGAAUCCCGCGAGAACACAGGCUGAUUAAGACGGACGAGGAAGAGAAGCGUGUGGUUUGUUUGUUUGGGUUUUUCACGGACAAAAUGGAAACUGUCCCCUGUUUCGCCUGGAUUUUGGGACUGAGUGUCCUUUUCUCCUGCACAUUGGCAUCUCCAGAUGUGUUCGAGAGCGUGUUGGGAAGCACCACAUCUUGUCAUAAGUCGUGUGAAAUGACAUACAGUUUGCACACGUAUCCGCGGGAGGAGGAACUGUACGCCUGUCAGAGAGGUUGUCGUCUGUUCUCCAUCUGCCAGUUCGUUCGAGACAGCGAGGAUUUGAAUCAGACCAAAUCCGAAUGUGAAUCAACCUGUCAGGAAGCCUACAGCCAGUCCGAUGAGCAGUAUGCAUGCAACAUAGGCUGUCAGAAUCAACUUCCAUUUGCUGAGCAGCGACAUGAGCAGUUGGAUGCCAUGAUGCCCAGGAUUCACCUUCUGUACCCCCUAACACUGGUCAGAGGGUUUUGGGAUGAUGUAAUGACUCAAGCCCACAGCUUCAUCACUUCCACAUGGACCUUCUACCUCCAGGUUGAUGACGGAAAAGUUGUUAUUUUCCAGACUGAACCACAAGUCAAGAUUUUCUCCCAGUUUGAGCUGCCAAGUGAAGACAAGGAGGAGCAACAAAAGAGCUUCCCUGGACUGAGCAGCCCAGUGUACAAAGAUUACCACCGCACUUUAAUCCAAGAGAGAGACAGAGAUAUGACUGGUGACCGUAACUAUGGUGAUGAAUACAACCUCUUCAGCUGUCUCUCAAGGAACCCUUGGCUACCAGGAUGGAUCCUGACCACAACUUUGGUGCUGUCUGUGUUGGUCCUGAUCUGGAUCUGCUGUGCCACUGUGGCAACUGCUGUGGACCAGUAUGUACCAGCUGAGAAAUUGAGCAUCUAUGGUGACAAGGAGUACAUGAAAGAACAGAAACUGACUCCGUACCCAGCAUCGUCCCUGAUCAUCAUCACCUCCAGCGGCCCAGAGGAAGAGGCCGGACCGCUCCCUUCCAAGGUGAACCUGGGCCAGUCCGACAUCUAGAAGCCGCAGCUGCAGCACAGGAGGGAUCAUCUCCCCAACGACUUCUCUCCAGUUGAUUUUUAUCCUCUGGUUUAAGGCCAGUUCUGCUUGUGGUCUUAACAGGACUUAACGUUUUGUAUUGGCCGAUAUGUUUCCACUCAAUUUGAAAGUUUUGAAAUGGGGCUCAAGGAAAGAUACUUUUUAUGUAUAUUGGUACAAUUAAGGCAUUACAGUAUAAUGGCAAAAGUAGUUGUCAAAGAAGUUCUGGAACUUUUCUCGCUAUUUUCCAGUGUGUACUAGCUCUCCGUUGAUGUGGUUUUAUUAUAUCGGCUGGUUAAAUUAAUUCUUUGUGACUUGAAGUGAUACAGCUUUCGCCUGAAACACAACUUUUGAUAAAAAUCGGUGUGCUGAUAGUGCAGAAUCCUCUUGCUUGUUCUGAUGUUUCUUUUUCAGUGAUACCCAGAUAAUACAGUACGUUUUACACCAGGAUUCUUUGCUCUUGAUAGUGACGGUACUUACACAAGUCUUUUCUGCUUCAUUGUUUGUUCUUUUAACGAUGAAUCAUAAUUAAAUACAAGAGUGAA